AGGACCGCAGUAUUGCACAGCCGCUCUACAGUCCAUCACUAUUGCACUAUUCCGCUGUCACGUGUGAAUGGAAACAUAAUCCGAGAGGCGUAGAAGUUUGACUCCGAGUCGUGGACAUGGACGUGCACGUGGCGGCGCCGAGGUGGCUGAGUGCGUGGGUCGGAAUCGGUGCUUUUCUGCUCUGCGUGCCGUGCGUCUUGUGCUUCUCAGUGGCAGGGCAGGACGGCACGUGUGAGGCGAACGGCUCGGUGUACUAUGUGGGUGAGUGGUACUUCCUGGACUCGGAGCACUGCACGCAGUGUGAGUGUACGGUCGAGGGAGCGGUGUGCGCGCGGACAGAGUGCACCGCGCUGCCCGCCGCCUGCAUCCACGUGAGCCACUACCCGAGCGACUGCUGCCCGCGCUGCGAGAGGAUCGGCUGUGAACACCGUGGAGAGGUGUACGAGCUCGGCCAACACUUCCAGCCAUCGGAAUGUGAGCAGUGCACCUGUGACAACGACGGCAUUGCCAGGUGCCUAGUAGCGGACUGUGCCCCCCCUGCAUGUGUGAACCCAGUCUUUCAAACAGGGAAGUGCUGUCCAGACUGCAAAGAUGGGCCCAAUUGCUACGUGGACGACUCUCGGACGCAGAUAAUCCCCGGAGGCGAGGCAGUGUGGGUGGAUUCCUGCACCAAAUGCCGAUGCCACGACAGCCAUGAUGCCGGCUAUUGGGAGGGCAACCGAGUGGCCACAUGUACCCGCCUCCGCAACUGCACAGUCAGCGAGGGGAAAAACUAAACCUCACGUUCUCCG